ACUCGGAACUGCUUCCAAUAUUUUCUCGGGUUCGGGUGGUGUCGCGGCUGCUGGUCCUGGGAGCGAAGGCAACGGAGAUCUUCCCAUCUCGAGAGCGCCCCCUUCUCCCACGGCUUCAGAGGCCCAGCAACAGCUAUGGCUCCGGUGUCUGGCUCCCGCAGCCCGGAGUGGGAGGCCUCGGGCUCUGGGAAGAGCCCUAAGCCCAGCCAAUUCUCCCCGCGGGGCUGCCGCUCUCGCUCGCACUCUUGCUCUCGGUCCGGGGACCGGAAUGGCCUUAGCCAUCAACUGAGUGGCCCCAGCCAAGGCUCCCGAAACCAGUCCUACCGCUCCCGCUCGCGGUCACGCUCUCGAGAGCGGCCCUCCGCGCCGCGGAGCGCCCCUUUCGCUUCGGCCUCCUCGUCCGCCUAUUAUGGCGGCUACUCACGCCCCUACGGGAGCGACAAGCCAUGGCCUAGCCUCCUGGACAAGGAGAGGGAAGAGAGCCUGCGGCAGAAGAGAUUAAGUGAGAGAGAGAGGAUUGGAGAAUUGGGAGCUCCUGAAGUAUGGGGACUUUCUCCAAAGAAUCCAGAACCAGACUCUGAUGAACAUACACCAGUAGAGGAUGAAGAGCCAAAGAAAAGCACCACUUCAGCUUCUACUUCAGAAGAUGAAGAUACAAAAAGGAGAGCAAAAAAAUCCAAGAAAAAGGAAAAGAAGAAGAAACGCAGAUCGAAGAAAUAUAAGAAAAAGAAGUCUAAGAAGAGCAGAAAAGAUUCCAGUGAUUCAAGUUCUAAAGAGUCCCAAGAAGAGUUUCUGGAGAAUCCCUGGAAGGAUCGAUCAAAGCCUGAAGAACCCUCAGAUUUGAUUGGCCCAGAGGCUCCCAAAACACUUGCUUCUCAAGAUGAUAAACCUUUGAACUAUGGCCAUGCUCUGUUACCUGGUGAAGGUGCAGCUAUGGCUGAAUAUGUAAAAGCUGGAAAACGUAUCCCACGAAGAGGUGAAAUUGGCUUGACAAGUGAAGAAAUUGCAUCAUUUGAAUGCUCGGGUUACGUAAUGAGUGGUAGCAGGCAUCGCCGAAUGGAGGCUGUGCGUCUGCGAAAAGAGAACCAGAUCUAUAGUGCUGAUGAGAAGAGAGCCCUUGCAUCCUUUAACCAAGAAGAGAGACGAAAGAGAGAAAACAAGAUUCUGGCCAGUUUUCGAGAGAUGGUAUACAGAAAAACUAAAGGGAAAGAGGACAAAUAAGGAUUUUCUGAUUGUUCAUCAGACAUUUUUGACAACAAGAAAGAAAGUUUGGGUUCCAUAUAUACACACAAAAAGAUGAUCAUGAUCUGAAAAAGCUUUACAGUGCUACUGUGCCUUCUAUUUCUUUCAGUCCUUCUAUAAAAAGCUGCUUAUUGAUGUAACUUUAGCAAGCUCUUUCGGUUAUUU